CAAGCUAACUCAGGGUUUCGAGCUCCGGAAGCCAAGCACUCCGACGCUCAUAUGUUGCGGAGAUUGGAGACCAGAGGCCUUUGCCGCAUUGUGAGUGCGGGCUGAUCGUUCGCGCACACGAGCUGAGCAUCGAAACACAAAGCCAGCUUAGCACCAUGCUUUUCUUUUCAUAUUUCAAGGAGCUGGUCGGCAAGGAGGUGAUUGUAGAGCUCAAAAAUGACUUGGCCAUCAGUGGUAUCCUGCACUCGGUUGAUCAAUACCUCAAUAUCAAAUUAGAGAAUACGCGUGUAGUUGACGAUACAAAAUAUCCUCACAUGCUUUCCGUUAAGAACUGCUUCAUCCGAGGUUCGGUGGUCAGAUAUGUGCAACUCCCACCUGAUGGUGUGGAUGUUGAUAUUCUGCAUGAUGCGACAAGGAGGGAGGCUCGUGGUGGAUAAAUCGCCAGCUUCGAAAUCCGGGCAUGGUGAUGGACGCAAUCAGCAUAUUGAAGUCUGAUAGUCCGCUGACAGUCAGCCGAGCGAAUAGGAGGUUACUGGACUUGAUGCAAAUCUUUUGUACAGAUACAGUUCAGAAAAAGUCUUGACCCUCUAAGAAUGUAUGUCGUAAAUUACCGCAUGAUGUGAUUCCUGGCAUAUGUCCGCCUCGACAAAUAAUGUCCGUUGUUCCUGGUCUGACGCCCUUGUUUGGGUCGUCUUCACAGCCGUGCAACUUUCGAGUUCAUCCUUUUUUAUUCACGACAUGUUAUAAUGAGGUCUUAGUAACUUGGAAAUUUCCAUGAAGCUUGUUUAUCUGCUUCAAAAAGAUCCAUGCUAUGCAUGAGAAGUCUGUAGUUUGCGUCUAUUCAGUUAUUCUGAUCGUGUUCAGGCACAUUACUUCAACAAAAUUAGAGCUUACAAAGGUACGGGAAUCGUGGAUAGUAGGUUGCUUUCAAAAAUAAAUUUGAAACAAACUGUUGUCUGCUUCUAAAGUCUUUUCUACUUGGCUUUAAUUCAGAUUAACUGUUGCUAACCCAA